AUGCAGUUCCUUAGCAGUAUCCAGACACCAGUACUUAAGGAUACUGCACAGUUCUCAUUCGCUCUCUCUGUAUCUGUAAAAAUGCGUAUACGGUUCCCUCCAUCACUGGAUAGAAUUCGGGAUCCAAUUCGCAAGUAUCGCAACGAAAACGGAAAUCAUCGCCGAGAAAUCCAGGAAUUAGAGGCAUUCGAGGCAUCCAGGGUAUCUGUUCAUCCAACGAGGCGACUCCUUACACCCAUAAAGCUAACCAGGAAUUUUUCCACGCAAACUUUGUCAAUUCCUAGUCGUGAGACCGGACCCAUAUCCACAUCCACAAGACGAAGAUGUUAG